CGCAAACCCAGCCCAUACGGUUCUCUAUUUCAAGCGAAAGAAUUCUGGCAAAUGCAUUCCCAGUCCUCCGUAGGUCAAAUUACUAGAAAUGGCUCCGAUAUGCGCUCCCAGACCGCCUACCCGGUGUUGUCCGUAGUGUCGCCGCUUCUACUAUCCUAUAAUAACGUCGUCUUGCUUCAUCGAGAACACCACAAAUCACCAAGCAUUAAGCAAUUGCGGCUACUACAGUCAAAAAUGCAAUCUUCAACAACAACAAGACAAGCGCCUGGCCAGUCUUCCCAGUCUAGAAAGCGGCGCCAACUUCAGCCUGUGGUCGAUCCCUCCAAGGUCGAGCCACUCACCCACUUUUCCGAUCUGCUCGCCCAUGCACGCAGUGAUGAUCCUGAUCUUCGAGCCGAUGCAAUCAAGCAGCUUGCGGUACUAUCGCCAUUGAUGCAACAGCUCGGCUAUUCAAGGAAUGAUUACGCCGUCCACCACACUGCGAAGGGGUUUAAGACUUUAAACGAGGCUUGUGAGGUCUUCGGCAUCAAAUACCAACGGCAACAAGCCUGGAAUAGGCCAGAUAUCAGUCAAAUCCCGCAAACUACCCUCUCUCCUGCGAUUGACACAGUUAUCGAGCGACUCCAAUCAUCAGAAGAUCACAAAAUCGAUAAUUCUGAAGCCUCGGUGCGGGUGAUAGUCGAGCUACUCAUCCUCGAUCGGCUUGAACACCUUUCCGAUGAUGGUUCGCUACAUCGUCUACAGCUAUAUCCAGAGGUAGACGUGAAGCUCCUGUUCGGCAAUAAUCUUGUUACUGGCCGUGCUGAUUGGCUACUUUGCCACGAGGAUCCUCAAGAUAGCAUCGAAUCGACAUUGAUUGCUAUAGAGGCUAAGCGGGCUUGCGAGUUUUCUAGCGCUGACCGUCAAUUGGCUGUUUAUCUCGCAGCUAUACAGAAGCGUAGGGCUGAAGCUAAUUUACUCCCUGCUAUUGCUUUCGGCAUCGCAACGGAUAGUACUUCUUUUUAAUUCUGGUUUUUAAACUCAGAAAGUCAGCUUCACUCAUCUCGAGUAUUUGACUGGCGUCUAGAGAAGGCUACUAUCAUCGUAUGGAUCGAUAAAAUGCUGGCCGAAGCAAUUGCGGCCUCCCCGUUGACAACACCAAUUCUACAUAGAAACAAGUCACUGCGCAACUGGGAGAAAACCUUCCGACGGGAUCAGCAGCUGAGUUCGCAAGCAGAUGAUUCGCCUUUAAUUGGGGGGCUGCCGUUGGAGAUCGCUGAUCCGAACUCACACCAGCUUGUUGGGGUCAAGUACUAUGCAGGACGACAUGUCAUGGUUGUUGAAUGUGCCGAUGAAGAGGAGGAGCCGAGCGCACGAAAUUGACGAGGAUGAAGAGGGUUUUGCUGUUGAGGAUUACGCUGUUGACGAUAUCGCUUAGAAGCAUACAUGAUUACUACUUGUCGGAGAGCGUAUAUUACCCGUUCUAGAGCCUCAGUCCAUAUUUUAUCUCCUGGUUAUUAUAAUUGAUGAUAACCUGCGUAGCCCGAACAGACGGAGAACCGCCCCGCAUCGACCCGCUUGAGUUGCGCGGUGCUAGGCUGCCUGUCGACAUGCCCACUUCGGCCAGUAGGAUGGAUGACUUUACCUUCGUGCCCGUUAACAUCACUCCACCUAGGAUCUUAUCUGUACUCUGUUGAGGUCGUAAUCAGAUAUUGUAGAAAUAUUUCGAGUCUGCAGAGGGAUACGAUAUGACGAUGCUGAUAAUAUGACC